AUGCGGUGGAGGGACCGCCUGGCCGUGUUCUUCUUCCCCCAGGGCAUGAUUCUCACCAUGGCUGCAUUGAUGCUCUUCUUCAUACACCUGAGCAUCUUUGCCAGCGAUGUGCACAACUUCUACGUCACUCACAACUAUGACCGCAUGAGCUUCCGCUACACAGUUGUCCUGAUGUUCUCCAAGGUGAUCAGCAUCUGCUGGGCUGCCAUGGGGUCACUCUAUGCAGAGAUGACAGAUGACAAGUUUCUUCGAUGCUUUUCCCUGACCAUCCUGAUACUCAACGGAGCCAUGUUCUUCAACCGCCUGUCUCUGGAAUUUCUGGCCAUCCAGUACCGGGAGGAGAACCACUGAGGCCUGGGAACCAGGCUGAGAAGGGGAAGGAAAAGGCUGCUUCAGGUGUUUUAAUAAAGUCUGUCAUUUAUUUCCA